CCCAGAGGCGUUUGACAAAGGGGGGAAUUCUUGUCCCUUUGCUUUCAACCCCAACACGCCGGUCAAUGGAAACGGGGGUUGGGGGCCGGGUAACGGGCAUUGGCGCCUGGUCAAAUCUAAACCGAAUCAGGAGCGGAGCGAGCCAAACCCCUUUGCCCACCGGUGGCUGAUUGGUGCCCUCUGUGACAUGAGCUGGGAGACUCGGGACAGCGCCCCAAAAAACGACCCCCCUCCAGCUGGCUCGCACGCUCUAGCCACAUAUUCAGGGCCCGGCCUUUUCAGAUUGGAUUUGAUUUUCCUGGGAAUUGAUCAGUGUUUAUAACCACCACAACAAAAACAGGUUCUCCUCGCUCCUCAGCCUCAAUGAAGCAAUGCUUCGGCUCCGGCUCUUAACGUGGGACGUGAAGGACACGUUGCUCCGGCUCCGGCACCCAGUAGGAGAGAAUUACUCUGCUGCAGCCCGAGUUCACGAAGUUCAUGUACAGCCUGAGGCUCUCACUAAGUCUUUCCAUCAGGCAUACAAAGCCCAGAGCAAGCACUUCCCCAACUAUGGCCUGAGCCAGGGGCUAAGCUCCAAGCAGUGGUGGGCGGAUGUUGUCAAACAGACUUUCAGACUCGCUGGUGUCCAUGAAGACAGGCUCCUCUCCACCAUUGCAGAAAGUCUCUAUCAGGAGUUCUGCAGUGCAUGGAACUGGGAGUUGUUACCAGGUGCCAGGGAGACUCUGAGGCAGUGCCACCAGCUGGGCAUCCGUAUGGCCGUAAUCUCUAACUUCGACAAGAGGCUCGAGAAGAUUCUGUCUCACUGCAACCUCAGGCACCAUUUUGAAUUUGUCUUGACCUCGGAGGAGGCUGGCUUUGCCAAGCCAGACCAGCGGAUCUUUCAGAAGGCGCUGCACAUUUCUGGGGUAGCCCCACAUCAGGCGGCUCAUGUGGGGGACAAUUAUGUGAAGGAUUAUAGGGCAGCCAGAGAUGUGGGCAUGCAUAGCUUCCUGCUCACGAGGGCUGGGCGUGCAAACAAUUGGGAGCUACAGGUACCAAAGCAGCACGUCCUGCCUUCACUUACCCACUUGCUGUCUGUUAUCGAGAAGGGUUAACGGUGAAUCCCUCGCCUCUCCGCAGAGAUCACCAGGGACAAAACAGAUUCCUUAUACCUCGUCGCUAAAAAGAGGGACCAGUUGUGCUGGGGCGGGGAGGAGGAGAAGGGAGAGGAUUUGGGUCUCCACCAGGUGAAUCAGGUUCUAAAGAGUAUCUGCAUGUCCUGCUAUAGAGAAGGGGGAAAGCAAACCCCGCUGAACUCAGUGAGAACUACUUGCUAGCACCAUCCACAACCGCACAUUAGUCAUCCAAUACAAUAAACUGCUACAGAUACUCAGCACUUCUCUUCCCCUUUCUUCCAUAGCUCUCAAAGCACCUAACAGAGGGGGGAUUAGUGCCAUUAUCGUCAUUUUACAGGGGAGACCGAGGGAUGAUGGCUAAGGUCACCCAGCACGUCAGAGUGGAGAUCAGAACUUGCAUCUCCAGAGUGUCCCCUAGUGUCCUGUCCAUUGCAGCUCUGAGCCCAGGCGUUAACCCCUCCUAGUGCAAGGAAAGACAGCAUUGCUUGCACACUUGAAUGAAGAGACAAAGCCAGAAGCAGAAAUCCCUUCUCUGGGCCAGGUUCAUUCCCCGCACUGGUACAACUGGCUGGCCUAGCUCCCUGCCAGCCUGGGCCUGCUGCACUGUGUGGUUCUGCCAGCGAGGAACACUGGUGCUGUGCUGACUUCAGUGGAUCCCCUUGACCUGACAAUAGCCUUUUCCCAGCCAGCACCCCCCCCUUCUUGGGUUGCUCUUGCUCUGGCCUGUAAGGCAGCCAUUGCCCACCCCUGCAGCCUCUCACCACAGGCUCUCUCUGCAUGGGACCUCUGCCAGGGUCUGGCACUUCACUAGGAGCCCUGAUGCUGGCAGGGGAUCCCAUGGGAUUUCCCCCCUUGCCAUUAUGCAAAGACUGGGCCUGGGGAUGCUGACGACUCUGCUCCAAGUCAGGAUUUUAGCAGAACCCACUGGUGGGCAGCAUAGAGGGAGCAUUGGAAACCAGAGCAGCCCAGCACUCGGGCACUCACUGCUUCCCAGAGGCUGAUGGGAGCUUGGCUGGCAAGAGAAACUAGCCAAUGGCCCUUUCGCUGCCCAAACCUCAGCAGGUGCCUUUUGCAGUGCUGCGCAGUGAUCGCUGCACUGCUCCCAGUGCCUGGACUUGCAGCUGUGUGGCAGUGCCCCAGCAGAGUGCUGUGAAAAGCAGCCCAAGAGCUUGCCUAGACAGCUAGUGUGCAGCAGGCUGGGCUGUAAGUUUACCCCGCGCUACCCUGCCACGCACUAACUGGCCGUGUAGACCCUGUUGCUGAUCCAUUUUGAAACAGGAGCAGAUCAAAGUGCACUUUAGUGCAUGGCAAACUAAACGCACAGCCCAGCUUGCUGCAAACUAGACAAGCCCGGAGCGUGCAACAUUCAGGGGGUUAAAAAUCAAGAUACUUAUGUUUAAAAAGGGGAGAAACCAGCCCAGGCCAGGGUCCCUACUUCUAACCUGGGUCACGCCCUCAGUUCUAAAGCCCCUUGUCACUGAACCCACCCCAACAAAUGAACCAGAUUGUACGUAGUAUUAUCGACAGGCUUUUCCAUGGCGCUCAGUUUGGUAGACUCUGUGCACCUCUUGCGCAGCCAUGAAUUUAGCCUCGCCACUCCCCUCUGAGGUCUGGCAGGGCAACCCCAUGUUACAGAGGGGAAACUGAGGCACAGAGCUAUUACGGGACUCAUCCCAGUGUAUCACACAGUCAGAAUCACAUGGCUUGCCCACAUUUCCGGCUAGGGCUGUAACCACUGCACGUUCCCAUCAAGGCUGAGCAGAUUGCACAUGCCAGUGUUGAGUUUCUCCCUCCAGGCUAGUGGUGGAAAUUGAGGCUUCAGUGUAGGGCACCUCUUUUCUGUCCAGUAUAACUAGCCUCCCCAAGUAGCCAGAUGUUCCUGGAGCCCCAUGGCCACAUUAGCUGCAGCAGCUGCACUGUAUAUAAGGCUUCGGCUCUCAGUAGAGAUAACUGCUGUAUGUAGUAGAAAGAGAGCCCAAAGCAUGGGGCCUGAUACAAGGCCUAAGGCCUAAACUGAAGUGAGCAAAAGUCAGGCCCUGCUGCUAUAAAGCAAAGUUAGCAAGCAUCAGGCUAUGAGCAAAAGGCAGGCCCUGUUACACAGCAGAUGCCUGUUUGCAGGUUAACUGUCCGAUACACGACCUUGGCAAAACACACAGGCACGCCCAAGAAGUACUAGGCACAGGGUAUCGAUGUAUGCACAUUCCAGACGUAAACAUAAUGCUGGGAGAUGAAACAGGAACACACCGACCCCAAGUGAAACAAGGACGGAAGGACAGGCUUAGGCUGACAGAAGAAAAUGUUUUGUUUGAACCAGCAGGUACAAGGUAAAGGGUGGUAACUAACCACGUCAGGGGGGCAAUAUGUAACUUGUUUGAGUCGGUGUAUAAAAGAGGGGUUGCAGGAGCAGUGUUUUAUCCAGCCUCGGGGGAGUAGAAGGUCCCACCACUCACUGAGCUGAGGCCAUUACAAUAGGCAUACGUGUGUGUUCUCAUAGAGUCUACCAGCCACUAGGACCAUGCUUCAUUAACAAUAAACCUGGCCGAGUGCCUUUGCCACCGAACCAAGUCUGUGGUGGUCUUGGGCACUUCAAUCAAGGUCUGCUGUAUCAGCUCCCUGGCCAGAUCUAGUGCAGCAUGCUGAGAGAACACACACACAGCCAACAACUGACAACACUGUCAAUGGAGCAUUGUCAAAGGGAUUAGGCCAAAGCAAAAUUUGAUGCAGUUCAGACAGCAGGACAAGAUGGCAAAUCCUGGAGUGUUAAAGAACUGCAUAACUCUGUGACCAAUAAACGGUUGCAGUUUUGCAGGCUAAGUUCAGGGUCAUCAGCUCUCAUGCUUCAAGGCACAAGAUGAUUUCUUGCAAGGGUCAGGAAGGAUGGAUUAUUCCCCUCUAAGUGCAGUGUUGUGCAGUUGGCCAGAUGCAUUAUGGGCAGUUUCCACUUCUGAAGCUUCAGGGCUUGGCUACAGGCAGAGGCUGACUAUGCGACAAGACGGGCCAGUGAGCCGAUCCUGUAGGGCAAGUCCAACCAGAUUGCCUAGAAAGAAUUCUAAGGGGCUACUGCUGUUAAGAAACAAGCUCAGAGCAGCCACCUGGGCUAAAGCCUGAGCCUAUUUAGGUAUGUGACACUGAGCCAGAAGGGGUUUAGCACUAGCAGGCUAACUAACCCAGAUUCAACCUUUGGAGACAUCUUAGCAGAUAAUGAUUGUGUGUGUGUUUACAUAUAUAUUGUUAGAGGUUGACAACGUACCCAAACGGUUUGUGUCUGUCACUGUAUUCUGUUAAUUCAUUGAGAUGAACCGUGACUGUAGUAAUAUCAUCGUCUUUAUUUCUCUGUGGUGUAUAUAGUAAACUGCCUGUAAAUGGUGGGAGAUGGGCAGUUGCCUUAUGUUAAUUGAUGCAGCUAAUCACCAGUGGUGCUUAGGAAAUAGGAGGUUCUACUUCAAAGCCAUUAUUGUUCACCCAAGGAAUACCUGCCAGGGAUCUAUAACAAGAACUCUGGGGCCCUGAUCCUGUUAUCUCAG